AGAGAAUCGAGAGUGAAUCGAUAAGCACGUGGUGGGGCUGGUAAAUGUGGUAGAGGGCAAACGGGAAUAUUCGAGAAAGGAAAGGAGAACACUGCCGAGGCGGCUGAGUACAACGUGCACGAGUAUAGUCGUUGGGCCAAGCUUUUAUUACUUAAAAAGCACGUGUUAUAACAAUGGCUGCAGCCAAUGCUAUUAAGAGGUUGGUGCCUCUCUUCGAUAGAGUUCUUGUACAGAGAGCAGAAGCUAUAACGAAAACGAAAGGUGGUAUCGUUUUACCCGAGAAAGCCCAAGCUAAAGUUUUGCAAGGAACCGUCGUGGCGAUAGGGCCUGGACAAAGGAACGAUAAAGGAGAACAUGUUCCUUUAAGUAUCAAAGUCGGCGACGUUGUCCUACUGCCAGAGUAUGGUGGCACCAAGGUAGAACUCGAGGAUAAUAAAGAAUUUCACUUAUUCCGCGAGUCGGAUAUACUGGCAAAGUUAGAAGUUUAAAUUUCUAUUUGGCUUAUGUUUGCAAUUUUUUUUAACUAUCGUUUCAUAAGAACUAUAGAAAUAAGAGAUAGUGAGAUGCGAAAGAUCUCGAAAAAAUGUUUCUUGUUCAUUAUGACAUAAUAAUUGUAUUAUUCCUUAUUGCAUCGUUUCGUAUAUAAAAAAGCCAAAAAUAAAACAUUCGUUGUGUUUAUAUAA